CAAGUUGAUGAGAUCACCGCCCCUAACACUUUCGUUGCGUAGCUUUCUGUGCUAUUUCACUCGGCAAACCUCUGCGUUUUAGAAACUGGUCUUGGUUGAUUUACUCAGCUUCAAGUAGAUCUUCGAUUUUUUUUGUAAGUCACACACUUGUUUCUAUCUGGGCGAUUUUUUUUUCUCGCAUUCUCGACGCAACAUGUCAAUUCAGAAUACCUCCACAACAUACAGGACCAUCAGCGUCUCGUCGGACCCUUCGACCACGAUUUUAUCCCCGGGCCAAUACAUCGACGGUAGCAGAACUAUUGUUUCUGCUGCUCCUGCACAGUAUAUCGGGAAUGGCUACGAUACCGUCCGCUACCUGAUGCCGGUUCAACAAGUUAUGCCCCAGCAGCAAAUGCAGUACGUGCUGGUCAACCAGGCCCCCCAGGUUAUGCAGCAGAUGGUGUCACCUGUAUAUACGCAUACUAUCCCGAGUGUCAGCGCUGGUCGUUUGGACGAAUCAGAGGCCUGUAUGUCCUACCAACAGAUUUUGGAGAAUGUCAAUGGGAUGACGCCUUCUGUCUUUAGCCACACUUCCAGCUCCAUCAAGAGCCCUGCGCCCAGUGUCCAGCAGGAGGUGGAGGAGACAGAAGAGGUGGAAGAGGUGGAAGAGGUUGAAGAGGAGAUGGUGAACAUUGUGGAAGAGAAGGAGGUUGAAAGGGUGAUCGAGAAAGUCUCUCAGGUGAAAAUAAAAAGUGAGGUCAGGGAAGUCGAGCCUUUGGUGAAGAUGGACACGCGUUUCUUUGGAGAGUUGUUGGCGGAAGUUUACCGGAAGAACUGUGACAUCUACACCUGUAUCUCAGAACACGUAGCCAAGAUACGGGGAAGGAAACACCUCUUGGACUCCAGCAACGACUACAAGAUGGAGAGAGAGAACAUAGAGGCCCUGAUCCCGAAAGGAGUAUCUGAACUGACCAAACAACAGAUCCGCUACCUGCUUCAGACCCGUAUGACAGCGGACAAGUCCAUGCGUCUCCUCCUGACUACCUUCAGCAGUCUGAGGGAGGAGCUGAUCCACAUGUCAGAUGACCUGAGGCGUCUGGAGAGUGAUAAGGAGACCCUGGAGAGAAAUCUGAGCUUCAAGACUGAUCAGGUGGAGCAGUAUGACCGCCUCCUAGAGGCUGUACGAGAGAACAACCGACAGCUUCAGAAAUCACUCAAGGAGAGCAGCUCCAGCCAGCUGACCCUGGAGAAUCAGCUUCUAAGAAGCCACAGCACAGACUCAGGCAGGGAUUUCCGCAUUAAAGAACUGGAAGGCAACUAUCGAGCCCUGGAGAAAGAAAACGAGAUGCUCAAACAGAAGCUGGCCGGCCAGUGCAGCAGUAGCACCAUUCAGAUGAAGACCGAGGAGCUGUCUCAUCAGUACUCUGAGCAGCUAGCCGCCCUGCGCCAGGAGAAGGACAAGGAACUGCAGAGUCUUCAGACCCAGCUGACCCGGAUCACCACCGAGUACACCACGGAGAAGUCAGGUGACCAGAGUCUGCAGCUACGCAUCUCGCAGCUGCUGUCAACACUGGAGCAACGGGAGGUCGUCAUCAGACGUCAGGAAGAGGAGUUAAGGAAGCUGCAGCAAGAAAGGAAGAGCGAUAGUGCUAAGAACGUCACUACAACCACUAUCACUAAAAAGUACAGGAACCAAUACCCCCUGCUGGGCCUCCUGACGGAUGACUACCAAUCCACAUCACCUGUCAAGGACACCAAGACCAUCGUGAUCAAGAGCCGGACAGGGGAGAUGAUCAAACAGGAAAUCAUUACAAGCCCUUAAAGACACUGCUUCUCUCCAACGUAUUGCAACUCCUAAAAGACUCUGGUUCUCUCCGACACAUUACAACCCUUAAAAGACACUGCUUCUCUCUGCUCCGCACAGGAAUGAAGGAUAAGAAGACCCUGACGUUCCCCCUCCCUCCCUCCCUCUGUUCUUUUAUUUGUCCCUCCAUCCGUCCGCAUGCUGCCCUCCCCUCUCCUCAAAGCUCCCAGGGUGGUGGUGGUGGUAAUGGUUUCACACCGAUGUAUUAGGUGGUUUGGACUAAAUGGGAUUUACUUGCAUGGGAGUCAUUCCUUUGGUUGGAAUGGGGGCACCUGGAAAGAGAAAUGGCCAAAUAUUAUAGUUUGAGCCUAUGCUAAAGCCCAGAGGUGAGGUAUUAGUAUGCAGCUAGCUAAUAUGUCUUUUCUACACGGAGCCACCACUGCCCUGCAAGCCUUUGAGAAAGCUCCAGAGGCCUCCCGGUAAUUGUAUGGUUACUGUGCAUUUAAAUAAGUGCUAAUGAGCUUUAAUCAUGCCCUAAUUACAGAGAUUAUGUGGUACAAUUGGCUUUGGAAGAUGUUUAUAGAAUGUCUGCCUCGGUUUCGUCUUUUGCUUUUCUUUUGCGACGAGCUAAUGGUUCAUAGUUGGGUAAUGUUUCCGAUGCGUUUUGUUUUAUAUUUAUUACUUAAGAAGUGCAUGGGCAUGUUUAUGUUUAUGUGGUUAGGAUCUUUUUUUGAAUUGGGGGUUAUUGGAUGAAAUGCUGGACUUGGGGUUUGGGGAGGGUUUUUAGGUGGGUGUAAGAAAGAGGACUGUGGCAUGUUCUGUGGGUUAUAACAAAUAGUGGAUGAAUUUCUAUUUUUUUCAGAGCACAAUAAACACUGUAUGGAGUACUCUGUUUUUCCUUUGGAUUUUAAUCUAAAGUUUGGACAAAAAAUGCCAUGUAUUAGUUUAACCAGUUAUUGGAGACAAGCACAACAAUACUUUGCAUGUCUUGGCGUUAGGUUCUGGUCCUCUGGGGUAACUCACUGCCAUCACACGAUCAUGUGCACAACACUACGAAUAAUAUCAACACCCUAUUGAAAAAACACAGAACCAAAACAGGUGGCGGCAGGGGCGGUGUGUGGGUUCGCACCCACAUGCAAGUGAGACCACCGAACAUCAGACUGAGUAACCUGACGAUUAAAUAGUCAGUAUGAAAUCUGAUAUUGUGAUCAGACUGAUCCCCGGUGUCAGCUGAUGUGUUGUUGACCAAUAAACACUUGGGUUUCCUGUCAAAA